AUGGACAUUCUAGAGAGAGUCUUGCAAGUUCUCGCCAUGAUGUGCGACAGCAAGCUGCCGGUGCAGUGGAAGAAUGUCUGCGUCGUCGGGGCAGGCAUGGCCGGCCUGGCGGCGGCGCGGGAGCUGCGCCGGGAAGGACACGCCGUGACGGUGCUGGAGCAGGGCGGCGACGUGGGCGGGCAGUGGCUGUACGACCCGCGCACCGACGGCGACGACCCGCUCGGCGCGGCGCCGGCGCCGGUGCGCGUGCACGGCAGCAUGUACGCGUCGCUCCGCCUCAUCAGCCCCCGCGAGUCCAUGGGCUUCACCGACUUCCCCUUCGUGCCCAGCUCAGGCGGCGGCCGCGACCCGCGCCGCUUCCCCGGCCACCGCGAGGUGUUCCUCUACCUCAAGGACUUCUGCAACGCGUUCGGCCUCAUGGACGCCGUCCGGCUCAACACCAGGGUCCUCCGCGUCGCCAUGGCGCCCCGUCGUCAAGGCCCCGCCGGCGGCGAGCCGAAAUGGGUGGUCAGGUCCGUACGCGUCGGCGAGCGCGAUGACACUGAAGUUCAAGAAGAGGUGUUCGACGCCGUCGUCGUCGCCACCGGACACUACUCGCAGCCCAGCCUUCCAACCAUCAAAGGAAUGGAGGUGUGGAGGCGACGGCAGCUGCACAGCCACUCGUACCGGCUGCCUGAGCCGUUCCGCGGCGAGGUGGUGGUCAUGGUGGGCUGCGGCGACAGCGGCAAGGACAUCGCGCUGGAGCUCAUCGGCGUCGCCAGGGAGGUGCACCUCACGGCCAAGUCCACGGAGGAGGCCACGACGCCGGCGAUGUCCAAGCUGCUCGCCAAGUACGCCAACCUUCACCUGCACCCGCGGAUCGAACACCUGCGCGAGGACGGGACGGUGGUGUUCGUCGACGGCUCGCGCGUCGUCGCCGACACGGUGAUGUACUGCACCGGGUACGUCUACUCGUUCCCGUUCCUGGAGACGGACGGGGAGGUCACCGUGCGCGACAACCGCGUGGGGCCGCUGUUCGAGCACGUGUUCCCGCCGGCGCUGGCGCCGUCGCUGUCGUUCGUCGGCGUUCCCAGGAAGGUGCCGGCGCCGUGGUUCUUCGAGGCGCAGGGGAAGUGGGUGGCGCAGGUGCUGUCCGGGAAGAGGUCGCUGCCGCCGGAGGAGGAGAUGACGCGUUCCGUGGAGGAGCACCACCGCGCCAGGGAGGCCGCCGGCGUGCCGGUGAAGUACACGCACGAGCUCGGCAGCAUCGAACCGCUGAAGUAUAUCGAGUUCGGGGAGAAGUACUGCGACUUCCCGCGCUACGAGGAUUGGAGGAGUGAGAUCAUCGUGUCCACCAUGAGGAACAGGGACCAAGACCUGGAGACCUUCCGCGAUCAGGCCUUGGAAGCUGGUGGUGAUCCUUCGCCUCUGCACGCCACGGCCAUGGCCAUGGCUAGCUCUCGAGCUCUCAACUGAACAGGUUCAGGUUCAGGCCAUGGCUGAAUUUGUAUCACCCGGAAUCGUGUAAAAUUUCUGGGCAUGCGAACAAUCAAGUCUCAUCUUUUGAGGAAGAACAUUGGCGGAGGAUAGACAAGUAAUUUUGGCACAUGAUUACUGCUGAUGAACAAGGGCUUCAGUGCUCUGAAGACUGAUGAAUAAACUUGUGGGGGAGUUCAGAAAGUAUUCCUGUUUUAUGAACCUAGCUGCAAUGGUGCAUGGCAAGUUUUUGUUUAGUGCUUCUUCAUUUUGCUCACUUUUUUCCUGACUGCAUCCAAUUAGCAUUCAUGACUGUUAAUCUGGUGAUAACAUUAUAUUAACUUGUGCAGAAAGCUCAAUGAAAAAUCUGAGUCUCCAGCCUGUGCAGAAAGCUUUCUGACCCAAUGAAUAUCUCCAAUAUCAGUCAGUCAU